AUGGAAUUCAAGGGGAUACUAUUUCUCUUUGUUUUAGCUGUGAUCACUUUGUUCCAGAAUAUUAACGCGCUGCCUAGAGAUAGCGGUGUGGUUAAAUCGGAUUUGCUACCACAAAUUAAUACAAAUAUUGAAGAUGCUGCAAAACAAGCAAACCCUACAUCGGAAGUUCCCAGUCUUCCAGGACGUCUGAAAUGUGCUCAUGAGGAAGCGACAGAGGAUGCCAGCUGUCAGGAGCACUGUCUUCCUAAGGGAUAUUCUUACGGCAUAUGCGUCAGUGGCACUUGUAGUUGCAUU